AUGGGCCAGGGGCGAAGUAGAGCCUGUAUGCGGCCGCACACUGCACUCGAAUUGGUGUCCAUAACGUGGGCCGAUUUCGCUCAGUUUCUCUAUGAACUCAAUGAUAGGUGUGCACAAUUUGCUGAUUCCGAUGGACGUUAUUUGCUGUUUGCAAUCAGAAAGGGCAGUGCUGAUACUCUGUUCUGGAAAGCAACUGUUCGGAUAUGUGCAUUGAAAGUAAGCUUUUUUUCUGAAAGGGUGCGACAGAAGUUAUGCUUCUCAUCUGCUCCUUCUAAAGAACUCGGAAUUAGAAGUGGACGUAGAAUUCAUCGAUUGCAUCGAUACCGGGAGCAUGACGAUGAAACAGCACCUGUUCAAAAUGUUAAAUUAUUUUCUCCUUCCUGUUUGUAG